UUCCCUUUGCUCGGGAUGUCUGGCAACUUGGGGACAGUGACCCGGACCCUGUUCCUCCUCCUCCUCGCACCUGGCUGGGUAGAACCGCAGGCCUGCACGUAUCCAUGCCAGUGUCCCUCCCAGCCUCUGCAGUGCCCCGCUGGCACCAGCCACGUGUUGGAUGCCUGUGGUUGCUGCAAGGUGUGUGCCAGGCAGCUUGGCGAGCUCUGUUCCCUGCAGAAGCCCUGUGAUCAUCACAAGGGACUCUACUGCGACUUCUCCAAAAUCCACAGAGGCAGCGGGAUCUGCUUAGCUCACGAAGGUGCGACUUGUGACCUGCUGGGCAAAAUCUACCACAACGGGGAGAGCUUCCAGCCCACCUGCAAGCUGCAGUGCAUCUGCAUGGACGGGGCCAUCGGCUGCAUCCCCCUUUGCUCCGAUGACCUGCGGCUGCCGUCCCCCGAGUGCCCCAACCCCCGGCGGGUGAAGUUUCGCAAUAAGUGCUGCGAAGAGUGGAUCUGCGAGGAGGGCAGCGAGGAAAACCGCUUCGAAACAGCCAUGGCGGUUUUCAGGGAGGAUCCAGCACACAAGCCGGAGCUGAAUAACCUGCAGGAGAACUGCUUGGUGCAGACCACCGAGUGGAGCGCUUGCUCCAAGAGCUGCGGCAUGGGCAUCUCCGCCCGAGUAACCAACGACAACCCCCAGUGCCGCCUGGAGAAGGAGACGCGGCUCUGCAUGGUCCGGCCCUGCGACUUCCCCAUGGAGAAAACCAAGAAGGGGAAGAAGUGUGUGCGGACCCCAAAGCCACGCCAGAGCCUCCACUUCGAAUUUUCGGGCUGCACCAGCACCCGUUCCUACCGGCCCAAGUUCUGCGGCAGCUGCACGGACGGCCGCUGCUGCACCCCGUACGUCACCAGCACCGUGGAGGUGGAGUUCCGCUGCCCCGAGGGGGACUUCUUCCAGCGGAAGAUGAUGUUCAUCAAGAUGUGCUCCUGCCACUACGACUGCCCCCGAGACAACGACAUCUUCCUGGCCACGUAUCACCGGAGGAUGAUUGGAGACCACGUCAAGACAGAGAGGCAGUAG